AUGUUUCUGGCUGAGAACGGCUACUUCGGAGACCCGAACCCAGAUGUCAACUCGCUGCACAAGAUUUUGGUGGUUGCCUACCGCGACUUCAAAGCUUUCCAGAAAGAGCAAGGCCUGGUCUGUUCCCAGGGCAAGUUUGUGCCGAACUUUGUAUGGAAACCCGACAAGCAUGGAGCACACAUGUCGCACAAGGGCUACAACGGCAGAGUGAUCGCAAUGUGGCUGGGUGAUUGUAUGCAAAGGGCGGCCACGCACUGCAUCAGCAAUCACCGCGAGUUUGGCCGAUGGCUGCACGAAAGGAAUGCACAACAGGGGAUCCCAUGGCCCGAAAACGACGAUGAGCGAUUCGCUCCGAUAUGUGCGGCAAUGAUUCUCGAAGCUAUUGGUCUUAACUUUCUUAUUUGA